AUGGCAACUUCAUCAGAAACCCCUCUCUCGAAGAACAAGUGGCACAAUCAUCCAUUCUCAACAUCAAGGCAAAACCAGAAUCUAAUUCUGGACCUCAAUCCUGCUAAAUAUGAUGGUUUUCUUCAACCCCUCAUUGAAUGCCUCCGCUAUUCUCCACUGUUCAUUGCACUGAAGAAAUCUAAAAUCAUUCCCUUGGUUCAUCUGUCCAUUGCCUAUUCAACAGCUAGCUACCAAGAAGGUGAGGAGAUGAUUACGUACAAAAUAUUUAAAAUGAAAACCCACAUCUCGAAAUUGAGGUUUUGUAGCCUGCUAGGGAUUCAUCAAGGUCAUGACCUAGUUGACCCUGAGACUAUCUCCAACUCUGCCAUCUUGGGGAUGUUUUAUCAAAUGGGGUGCAAGGAAGUUUUGACUGUUGUUUUAAAGUUCAUGAAGCUAAAUUUGCCACCGAUGUGGAAUGGGUUGUUUACUGUCAUCUUCAAAAGUUUCUCUAAGAGAGUAACAAGCUCCGACUAUGCCAGCAAGCUCUUCAUGACGAUAAUGUAUGGUAUCUUUUCAGGAAUCAACCUUGAUUAA